AUGGAAGACAAAGGCGUUGAAUUGAACAAAAAUUGCAAAAUGGAGAAAGAUAAUGCUGUCGAUAAGCCAGCAAAAAUGGUUUUAAUUUCCAAUGAAGGCGGUCGCUACGAAGUUGAUGUAGAUUUAUUACUACAGUUCAGUGAUUAUUUUCAAGCCUUGGCAAACAGUGGAAUGAGAGAUGCAAACUUCAAAGAACUUACGUUGGAGUGUCUUUCCGACGCAUGUCUACAAGAAGUCGAACAUUUUUUAUCGAAUGUACAAAGCAACGAGGAUCAUUUUGGUGCCAGGAACUUGUGCUGCGUGGAAAAAGGUUUAGAGGGCUCACUCUAUCUUCAAAUUCAAAGCAUGACAGAUAAAUAUCUCAAUAAUUUAUUGGGCCUAUUGAAUGAAUCAACUUACGCACGCAUUUUGCAGUUCGCCAACAAGUUCGACUUGUUUGGAGCAAUCGAAAGAGUUUUUGAGUUCAUUUUCGACAAUUUAAAGUGUAUUAUUUCGACAUCCGAAAUACUAUCACUGUCACCAGAUGGAAUGAUACGCUUGGUUGAAUCGGAGCUUGUUAAUGUUGACUGCGAGUUAAAUAUUUUCGAUUUGAUUGUAAGAUGGACUGCAGCUGACGAAUCGAGAAGGCAGUAUGCAGAACAAAUGUUCAGUAAGGUGAGGUACAAUUUGAUGGCGGUUUCCGAGAAAAAGAAGGCUAGUAACGGUGAACAUCCUUUCUCUUCAAUAUCGAUUUAUAACUUUGUCAAAAGUUUAACUAAUAAACCUACAAAGUUUCCCUUCGAAGAUUUCAAGGAUACUAAGAUUCGGGGCUUGCUUCCACUUUUUGAAGGCCACAGCAUUUGUACGGUUAAUAACCGGAUAUAUUUUGCUGGCGGAAUUUACGAAGGUGAUGCCGUAACUAAGCGCGUCAGAAUGUUUAAUGGAAUAACCUCAAAGUGGUCACGGCCAUCUAGUAUGAAUGUCGCACGAGCUUUUUUCUACUUCGGUGAGAUGGGAGGACAUUUGUAUGCGGUUGCUGGUAUGACUGUUUUACGGGAUGUCACAUUCACUCAGACAGCGGAAAGGUACAUUCCAGGAAAAAACAGAUGGUAUACGAUAGCACCUCUGCCUGUUGCUGUCAUCUCCUUAUCAGGUACUGCAUGUAACGGUUUGUUGUACGUUAGUGGGGGGUACAAAGAAAAUGAAAUUUCAGUCAACCUGGUGUAUAUGUACAACCCCGCAUGUAACCAGUGGUUUGAAAAGGCUCCCAUGUUGACAGCACGUCAAGAUCACGUCAUGACGGCGUUGGGAGAUAAAAUUUUUGUCGUUGGAGGAAACUGUUUCGCAACCGAAAACGGCCUCGAUACCGUUGAAAGUGCCAUGGACGCAGAGAUGUUUGAUUGCACAACUGAGCAGUGGACAUCCGUACUGACACUUAAGCAAUCUUUCUGGACUGCUCAACAUAGCAUUCUCUUCAACGGCUCCCUGCUCUGUUUUGCUCUCGAUUGGUUAAACCAUUAUUAUAUAAUACAAAAAAUCAAUUUGAAAAAGUAUCUGGAUAUCAACAAAUCAUCAUCAAAUGAACACAAGAAGAAAUAUGACAUAACAAAUGCAACCGAUACUGAAGAGAGCUGUGGCGUAGAACAUGCGGUAGUUUACGCCGUAUACCCUGUGGUUUUUUCAUAG